AUGCCUGCUCUAAACUGGCGGACGCAUGUGUGGACAACAGGCCUGGUCUCCUGCCCUUUUCUAUGGCGGCCCGGAGCGGCCCCCUCCGAAGAGGCCUCCCACCUGUUGGUGUCCUUUAGAAGCCCCGGGCCUCUCCUGUGCCUCCUGUCCGGCCCAAUCAGGACCCUGACAGGGGGGAGCCAGCCUGUGAAAUCACACCUCUCAGCUGUUCGCACUGGGCUCGAGACACCCUACACCCUCCAACAGAACCUCCAGCAUACCCUACCCAGCACCAGCCUCCAUUUUACACCCAAUGUCAAUGUGGUUCUUCUCUAA